AUGCUUCUUCGUUGUAGAUAUCGUCGUCUGGUGGAUUCAAUCUAUCCACGCGCGAUUACGGAUGGGCUCAUAUCGUCAAAUAUGCAAAAACUCAUCUUCUACGCGAUUUCUCAUCCGGAGAAACUCGAACGUAUCGGCGAAUAUUUGGUUUUACGUAUGAGCCGAGAUCUUGGACGAAUGCGACUGAUUCAGGUUAAGGUAUUCUCCAAGGAUGACCCUGUGGCCAGCGAGGAUAGCAUGGGGUACUGUCGGGUCGAAAAACGAUCUAGACAGGACGUAGUAAUGGCUCGAAAACCGGUUUGGUCGACGUACACACCCGAAUGUGGCCCCAAAAAGUAG